GGGAUUGGCAGAGAGGGGUGGAGGACAUUGAAUGGAGGCCAGUGGAGGGAUUGGCAGAGAGGGGUGGAGGACACUGAAUGGAGGCCCGGUGGAGGGAUUGGCAGAGAGGGGUGGAGGACACUGAGUGGAGGCCAGUGGAGGGAUUGGCAGGAGAGGGUGGAGGACAUUGAAUGGAGGCCAGUGGAGGGAUUGGGCAGAGAGGGGUGGAGGACACUGAAUGGAGGUCAGUGGAGGGAUUGGCAGAGAGGGGUGGAGGACACUGAAUGGAGGCCAGUGGAGGGAUUGGCAGAGAGGGGGUGGAGGACAUUGAAUGGAGGCCAGUGGAGGGAUUGGCAGAGAGGGUCGGAGGACAUUGAAUGGAGGCCAGUGGAGGGAUUGGCAGAGAGAGGGGUGGAGGACACUGAAUGGAGGUCAGUGGAGGGGUUUUAGAGGGUUAGCAAGUCACUGAAUGAGGAGGGAAGGAGGUCUUGGAGGGGAGGUGACAAGAAAAGUAGAUUGGAAGUUACUGAGGAAGUGAAUGUCCUGGAAGGAGGUGACAAGGGAGGACGUGAAGAGGGCGAGGUAGGAGGUCCCUGAUUGAUGGGGGCAUGAUGAGAGAGGUAGGAGGUUCUGGAAGCAUGUGACAGAGGUCUUUGGAGGUGGUGACGAGGGAGGUAGAAGGUCCUGGUAGGAGGAGGAUGAGGGAGGAAGGGGUCCUGGGAGGAGUGUCAUGAGGGAAGUGUAGAAGGAAGGUCUUGGAAGAAGGUGAUGAGGGUAAGUGGAAUUCCGAGGAGGAGGUGAUGAGGGAGGUAGGAG